GUCGCCAUUGAUGUACUUCCACUACAGUCCCUCCGACCUGAAUGCAAAACGCUUUUAGCAAGCAUCAAAUGCAAGUUGUAGGUUGGAGUCCUCGUUUUGCCCUCGUUGUUAACCGGUCAUGCCGGAAUUCCUCUACCCUCCGAGCAUUCUCAUCGGAUUCUUCCAAUCAAUCUCGCGGCGGUCUCCCUCGAUUCUUCUCUGACGUCCUCCCUCCCUCCAAGGGUUCAGCUGUUCGUGUGCAAGGAGAUGAAUUCUGGCAUAUGACUAAAGUUCUAAGGUUGAACACAGAUGACAGGAUAGAGCUCUUUAAUGGGAAAGGAGGUCUGGUUGAAGGGUGCAUAGAGAGGAUUGACCGCACUGGAGCAGAUAUAGUGGCACUUGAGAAUCCUAAAUUAGUAUCUGCUAAUACAACCCAAUGGCAUGUAUUUGCUGCUUUUGGUACCCUGAAGGGUGGUCGAUCUGACUGGCUUAUAGAGAAAUGCACAGAGCUUGGAGCAAGUAGUGUAACACCGCUAUUGACUGAGCGUUCUCCUUCAAUUUCUGAGAACAGAGUGGAUAGGUUGCAACGAGUCAUAUUGGCUGCAGCUAAACAAUGUCAACGGCUACAUAAAAUGACUUUGAAACCUCCUUUAAAAGUUGGUGGCCUCUUACCUAUUGUUUCACAAUCGAAACUAUCUUUUAUAGCUGCAGCAGAGGCUAUGCCGAUUUUGAAUGCUUUGGCUCUAUCUCAAAGAGAGUCUGUUGGCUCAAUUAUCAUUGGACCUGAAGGCGACUUCACAGAGGUGGAGGUGAAGUCGAUACAAGAAGCAGGAGCAACAGCAGUCGGGCUUGGGCCACACCGUCUUCGAGUUGAAACUGCAACAGUUGCACUUCUAGCAACAGCAAUGUUAUGGUCCGACUCCACAACUGUCUGAUCCUUAAUGUGCUCGUAGGUAAGCCUUCUUUAUACAUCAAUUAAGCAUUCCAGGUUGAAUGUUUUUCCUGAAGACUCGGCAAAUCGAUGGGAGUGAGAACUUUCCGAACUUGGAACAUCCACAAUAACAUCUUUUUGAAGACUUUUUCGGAGAGCUUUUCUGCCACAUCAGAUUGUGAAAAAGCACUUGACAAGAAAAACCAGGUUUUGCUUGUAACUGCACAAACUCGCUUGUGGGUCCCGCUUUUUAUCUUGUUUUCUUUAAUCACCUAAGCUUGUGGAUUCCACUUUUUUUUAAAAAGGACUUAAUGAGAAAGCUUACAAUUGUAUAGUAAGAUCAAGCAAAACCCAUCUGGAUGCACUUGCAGGCUGAAUCGAGAGGAUGAGGACCUGUAUGACAGUUGUAUUUUCCGAAAGCUUUGGCCUUCAUCUCGACAUUCAGGUUUAUUUUUUUAAAAUAUAUAAUAUUUAUAUACAACAAAUGAAGUCAAACAUUUUGACCGUUUUAGGUUUAUUUGUAGGGAAUUGAAAGUAUUGUGUAGUACUUGAUAUAUGAUUAGAAUU